UGUGUGUGCAAUCAGUUGUGUGAUAGUGCCGUAGUGAACACCAUGGAGUGCAGAUCGCUUGUGUGUUUGUUUGUUUUUGUGUUCUCAAGGGAGAUACAUGGUCAAGUGGGCAGUAUCUGCAGACCAAAUGAGCGGCUACUUUCCUGUGGUGGUUGCCAGGCUACCUGUCUGGACCCGGUGCCCGACUGCAAAGGCGUGUGCCAAGAAGGCUGCUAUUGUGAAGACGGAGAGGUACGCAACGCCUCAGGAAACUGUGUCAAGUUGGCUCAGUGCCCGCCUACCCCAGCAGGACUAAAACAGGACACGACAGAACCUCGUGACGAAAACUGUCCAGAUAACGAAGAAUACAGGUUCUGCGAGCCCUGCAACCGGACGUGUGACAACCCUAACCCGAUCUGCCCUGCGCAGUGCGCGCGCGGCUGCUUCUGCAAGGGCGACCUCGUGAGAGACAAGGACGGAAGCUGCGUCAGUUAUGACAAGUGCUCCAAUAGGAAUUUGAUUAAAAAAUCAGCUUACUUGCCACCCAUCCCUAUGCUGUCGUGCGGCCCUAAGCAGGUGUUCAAACUAUGCGAGGUUUGCGAGAAGACCUGCAGUAACCCGAAACCCAAGUGUCCCGGAGACUGCAUGAGGGGCUGCUUCUGCCAGGACGGGUUCUACAAGGCUCCCAGCGGUACCUGUGUCAAACUUGAGGACUGCCCUAAAGCUGAAGAAAUCAUAGGCGGCGGGGACACCUCGAUAGACGACUGCGCCCAGGACGAGGAGUAUUUCUCUUGCGGCUGGUGUGAGCCCAGCUGUUCGGACCCCACUCCCAACUGUCCUCACCUGAUCUGCACAAGCGGAUGUCUCUGCAAGCCGCCACUCCUCAGGCACAGGAGCGGACAUUGCGUCAAUGCAAAGGACUGCAUUCCUCAGAAAUGUGUAAAUCCUAACGAAGAGUACGUCUGUCGGUACGGCUGCGAGGCUCGCUGCAACGCGUCCAUCUGCGCAGGGAGACCCAGGAGAUGCGACCUGGGCUGCCACUGCAAGCUGGGCUUGGUCCGAGACGCCCUGGGCCAGUGUGUACCGCCAGAAAAAUGCAUCGGUGGCGCCACUAACAAUAUUACGAUGACAACAGAAAUUGUUGAUGUGUAAUUCUUUUCUUUUUUGAGUAUUUUUUUCUAGAAGCGGAGUUUCAAAAUUUUAAAAGAAUAUAAAACGCUAUUGAAAAUUUACUGUAGAUAAUUUAGAAAAAAAUAAAAUUGUAUUUUUAACUGUUAAGGCACAGCUAAAUUGCUAUUUUUUGGAAAUCUGCUAUUGUUUGGUAUCAAACAGUAAAUUAAAUAAAAGAUAAUCUGGUAUAGUCAUACUCGCUUUGUUAUAUGUAUAGUAUUUAAGUAGUAUUGAGUA